AUGGCGGUGCCUGGUGACCUGGUGGCCUUUGCUGAAGAGUUGGCCGAUGCAGCUGGAGCCGUCAUCCUGAAGUAUUGGCGGAAGCCGUUGCCCGUGGAGUCCAAGCACGAGCCGGGCCGCCCGGUGGCGGAGAGCCCCGUGACGUUGGCGGACCGCGAGGCGGAGGCGAAGAUGCGGCAAUUGAUCGAACAGAGGUAUCCCAGCCAUGGCAUCAUCGGCGAGGAGUUUGGAACUCUUCGGUCAGAGGCAAAGAUGGUAUGGGUCUUAGAUCCCAUUGAUGGCACCAAGUCCUUCAUCACAGGCAAACCCCUCUUUGGCACACUCAUCGCGUUGCUGGAAGACGGGAAUCCAGUCCUGGGUGUCAUCGAUCAGUGUGUGCUCCGAGAGCGCUGGGUGGGUGCAAAUGGCCGCACUGUCUUCAACAAGAAGCCUAUCCAAGCUGCGGAUCGUUCUUGUGCCCGUGAGCUGAAAGAGGCCAUGAUGUACAGCACCACGCCACACAUGUUCGGCGCCGGCUACGAGGCCCAGCGCUUCGACCAACUGCGCCGCGCGGUGAAGCGCCCGCUCUACGGUUGCGACUGCUAUGCUUAUGGCCUUUGUGCCUCUGGAUUUGGUGCCGAUCUUGUGGUCGAAGCAGACUUGGGUAUCUAUGACUACAUGGCAUUGGUGCCGGUGGUGCUUGGUGCCGGUGGAUUGAUGACGGACUGGCAUGGCCGGCCGCUGACCUUGCAGAGCCAUGCGGUGUCACGAGGGCGGGUGGUUGCCGCAGGAAACGAAGAGCUUUGGAAGGCGGCGGUCAAGAUCUUGAGCUCGUGUGUGCCAGUGUGGCCGGAGAUCUCAUGGCCAUCCUUGGCGACAGGCGCAGUUCUGGGCGCUUUGGCCGCUGGACUCCUCCUGCGCCGGACCGCGUCCGGUCAGCGGUAG